CCGUCCUCCAUCAUCAGUCCACCAUGGGCCAGACCAUCAGCAAACCCACAAACCCUUUCCAGAACUCCAACUUCUCUUUUAAGCGCAGCUCCCCAAGCUCUCCCUCUAACAAUCAGAGCAUGUCCCCUCGACCGAGCAUCUUCUCCACACUGAGGAGGCCCCCCGUCAACAAACCCAACAGUUUCAUACCUCUAUUCAACGACUGCAUCUCUACCGCCUCAUCCAGAACUCAAGAAUACCUCCUCUUCAAAGACCCAGAGGACAAGUUUCAUGCAAGCCCUGAGGUGCUCACUCAGAUCUUCCUGAUGACCUACAUCUCUCAGAGUGUCAGCCGCAACAUGACAGACACCUUCAACUGCACGGCCAUGACGCCUGAGCAGCGCAUCCUCCUAGGGGCUGACUGGGUCUGGGCCAUGCUGGAGACUCCGACCAAGAAUCCACAGAUCCAGAUUGCUGUGCAGGUCCUACACCUGCCCAACAGGGUGAAUGCAGAGGAGAACAGCAUCCCCCAAGAAGCCUGCAGCGAGUCUAUCCAGAUUGCCCAGAAGGAGUCCAGCAACAAGACCCCAUACGAGAGAAUGGUGGACUUCUGCACCUCCAUUGGUAAGGACUGCUACGCCCUCUUCUUGUUCAUGGGGAAGAAAAGUGACAAGGGAAAUAUCUACGGCGUGCUCAGCAACAACUUUGAGGUGGCCAUCGGAAAGUGCGACAAGAUUGACAGAGCUUUUAUCGAGAACUUCUUCAAAGGCUCGAGGUAUCUCCAUACACCUUCAGGAAUGAUGCAGGCCAUUGUCACCAAGAAAGUGGGAGACUCUCUCACUCUCAUGAUUAAAUUCAGCUAAACCAAAGGGACUCGUAAUAUUUAAUGGCCAAUAACAUGAUACAAUAAUACAGUAAUACACUUAAUGCGUUAGAAAUGUGGGAGCUAUGAAGUAUGUCAUCCUGCAGACAUAUUAAUAUGUUGAGUUUGAUAAAGUAGAAUGCCUUCAAGAGAAAAUUCUGGUUAUUUUCAAUCUAUCCCAGUUGUUGAUGGUGCUUCUAACAAGUAUAUCAGUCACUUUUUUCUGCUUUUUAUAUAUUAGUUACUCCUGUUUUCUAACCACUAAUCUAGUAAUUGUUAAAACAAGACAAAACAUACUGCUGUUACAUGCAUCUUUAAAGAGCUGCAAGGUUUAAUCAUACCAUUUCAGUUACUACAUUUCUAAAAUAGCAUAACAUGGUGCUCAAGUUUGAAUGUGAUUAAUGUGCGAGUGCAGAUGUGUUUACCUGCAUGCCAUUGGAAACACAGAUGCAUGUUCACGUAACAUAAAAGUAUGAACUAGGGCAGCUCCCUCCAAAACAACCAGAGUAAAUUAGAAAUUCAAAGACAGAACACAUUGACCAUAACAGCAACAGGAUCCAUCAUUUUGUAACCAACCUGCUGUUUGGACAACAUGUUAAUUUGAGGCUCUGUUUACUGUGUAUAGUUUUGCAUAUUGCAUCUGAGCAGCCUGAGCUACAUGUUUGAUGUUUGGAUUUAGGCAGAAGUUGGUAUACAAACCCUUUUUUACUCUUCUUGAGGGAAAUGUUCUUGUUUUCUUUAAACUAUUUCUUUUUUCUUUAUUACAUUUUUAUUCAAAAGUGAAUUUAAUCAAACCUUUUGAUGUUUAACAAAUUAUUGUAACGAUCUGAAAAUAUUGUAAAUCUCUCUUAUUGCCACAUACUAUAUAAAUUUACAUAUUAAUAUAUAUCUUCUCAACAUGUUACAGAUUGAUUUGAUCCUUAUUAUUGUGGCUCUAUCAGUUGUUGUUUUUCAUAAAGAAUUUGCAAUGACAACGUUUUCCUUUUGUGCAACAAUGUAGAAGAUCUUUUCAUGAGAGUUUAGGGAAAAAUGUUGUCAGUGCUGAUGUCCUGAUCAGAUCUCACUUCAGCUACACCAAAGCAAGAAAACAUGUUAUGAAACAAAAGAGUUGCUGCAUACAAGAUACAAAGCCAUAAUGAAAAAGAGCAGUGUGUCAAAAUACUAAUAGCAAUUUACUAACUGUAGAAAUUAUGGAUUAUGAGAAUGCCAUGAUUUAGGCAUUGCACCCCAACAUUUUAACUAGAAAGGUACAUUAUUGUAAACAUUACCUGCUAAGCAUCAGAAUGUUAACAUCGUAUGUUGUUGUUGUGAGUAAGUUAGCAUGUUAACAAAUUGACAACAGUAACUUUUUAUUAGACCUUUAACCUACGUCGGAAAAAAAUGACAUACCUGUAAUGACCUGUUCCAAUUCAAAGUGUGCAAGCGCAACAGAAUGUAUGAAGUACUUUACCUUGUCUUCCAAAGGGCCCUCCUAAAAUUCAGCUUGACCUAUUGCAUGCCCUGAUCUAUCAAUAAACUAAGCUAAAAAUUGAAAAUGGCCUCAGUGCCCAAUCAGUAGGUAGCAGUCACACACCAUAAAACACCACCGCUGCUCAUCUCCCUAUGAGACUCAGCAAUGAGAAUACAACAGGGCCAGCUGGGCCUGUAGUUAGAGGGCUUUGUGUCUGUGAAAACCUGGAUGAAAUGGGGAAAGCACACACUCAUGAAGGUGACCAGGUGAGCCCGAGAAGGGGACAUAGGCCUUGUGCUUUGUCUAUCGCAGUGCGGGUGCAGCCCAAAGCUCACCUCCAGGAGAGCAGCUGACAUCAAGCCGAGGAAUAUAAGGACAUGACAAUUCCAGCGUUACUAUGCAUUCGUCUGACAGGCUGACAUUCACUGCGCACGAGUCUAGUUGGAG